AUGAAACUGAUUGAGCGUGUACUUGACACCCUCAUACGCGAGAUGGUCGACAUCGAUGGUAUGCAGUUUGGCUUUGUUCCUGGUAGAGGUACCACUGAUGCAAUCUUCAUCAUACGCCAGCUGCAGGAAAAAUACAUUGCUGCAAACAAGCCACUGUAUAUUGCCUUUGUCGACCUUGAGAAAGCAUUUGAUAGAGUACCAAGGAUGUCCUCUGUCCUCGAGGCUCUGUCGAGGGAAUUCCUCACCGGGGUUCCAUGGGAGCUCCUCUGCGCUGAGGAUCUUGCUAUUAUCGCGGACUCACUGGAGGAGUGUCUCUCCAGACUGAAAGGUUGGAAGGAUGGAAUGGAAAGCAAAGGGCUGAGGGUCAAUAUGAAGAAGACAAAGCUCUUGAUCACCGUUCCUGGACUGAAUCUCCAGCGUGACUCUGGAGCAUAUCCCUGUGCGGUAUGUAGUAGUGGAGUGGGAGUGAACUCCAUUGAGUGCACUCAGUGCAAACUGUGGGUGCACAAAAAGUGCAGUGGCAUCAAGGGAAGGAUCACCAGCAUCCCGGACUAUGUAUGUCUGAGGUGCCUGGACCAGGCACGUCCAAUUGAUGGAAGACCAGUUACCCAGGUGGUCGUCGACGGCUCACAGCUUGAUGUUGAGGCCAGCUUCUGCUAUCUGGUUGACACACUAUGUGCUGGGGGAGGCUGCGAACUUGCCAUCAUCACCAGAUGCUGCACUUCCUGGGGAAAGUGUAAGAAGCUACUACCAAUACUGACAUCGAAGCAUGUUUCCCUUAAAACACGUGGUAAAGUGUUCAAUGCUUGUGUCCGGUCUGCUAUGUUACAUGGCAGUAAAGCGUGGGCAUCAUCCGCUUCUGAUCUACAACGACUUCGUAGAAACAACAGAGCAAUGGCCCGCUGGAUCUGCAGCGUCAAACCUGACGAGGGAGUCGAUACUGACACGCUGUAUGGGAAACUAGGGAUACCAGAAGUCACUGCAUCACUGAGUGUCAGACGUCUGAGGUCGUAUGGGCAUGUCGAACGUGCCACUUCUUGCAUAAACUCUAUCAUAAAGAUGGCCAUUCCUGGUGCUAGAGGUAGAGGGCGACCAAGAAAAGCAUGGUCUGAUUGUGUCAGGGAUAACCUGCACACCUGUGGCAUGGGAAACACAGACCCACAGAGCAGAGGGGUGUGGAAAUCAGGGGUAAGACGCUCUAGCCGCCUGCUGCCUAUCCCAGCUACUGGGACUAAUCCCGCAGCAGAUGACAAAUAA